UUUCGUAGAAAGCACAAAAAAAAUGCGCACAAAUAGAAAAAUUAUGAUAAAUAAGAAGAAAUGAAAAAUAGUAAAGGUGUUUAUGUUACAAAGAGGGAUUUGAAAGCAUAUAAUCGGGAUUACGAGCUAUAUUCUAGUAGGAUUGUAAGGGGAGAGGAAGAUUUUGGUGAAGACUAUGAGGUAUAUAAAGAUUUCUCAUGUCAAUACAACAGCAAAAGGGACAAUAACAUUUGCACAUGCAAGAAGGCCAAUCACAGAAGCCUCAGAUACUAUACGUCCCCUCGUCAGAUCUACAGGACCCAAGAGAGGUACCCUGGUUGGAAGAGCUUCACUGAAAUUGGUGUAGGUAGUAUCAAGACGUUACCGAAGCGUAGAACAAGAAGAAUUUACUUGCCAGAAACAGACGAUAGAGGUGUUGGCAAUUCGGAUUAUUCACUUUUAUUUGAACAAAAGAAAAGAAGAAACGAAACAAGUUAUUAUGAUCAAAAAAGAACGUCAUCUAAAUGCGUUGGGGGUAUUAUAGAAACUAUAACAGCAUCUCUUAUAAGCAAAAAACUAUCACCGAUUGUUCAAACAGUAUCCUGCGCAACUAGCCCAAUAGAUUUAAUAAUUGCAUCAAAGCAACAAGUGAAAAGUACUGAUACUUAUAAAGUCAAUAAAAAUAUUGUAGCACAAAUUGAAUAUAGCUUAACAAGAGAUAGUAUAAUUAACCAAACAGUUAAAGCACAAAAGGAAUCUAAAAGAGAUAUGCUAGAAGAUAGAAUUGAAGUUAAACCGAAACCUGUAAAACAAACAAGAUUAAAAACCGCUGAAACUUGCACAGAUAAGAUAGAAAAGGACUUUUCCUCGGAUUCUCUAGUACAACAUGUUCACAAUUUAGAAAACCCAAGUAUUGAUAAACAGAUUAGGGCUUCAAUAGAUCCAAUGGAAAAUAAAUUAGAGAGAGAAUAUAGGAAAAUGUUUGCGACCAAAGAAGAAAAUUCAUCGACUCAACAAAGUAUAGACAAGCCAGUGACAGAUUUGAAAAGUGCUUCAGUUUUGCGACGGCGUUUUGAAGCACUAAGAAGAGGAUUGGCUAAAAAAGAAGAUUCUAAGAAGGAAAUCGUUACCGAAAAGAAUUCCAGUCAAAGGAGUGUUCUUAGUCGCAAAGACGUUUCAAUAGCUUCAGAUCCACCGUCUUUGGAACCAAAGUCUUAUUCUAAUACAAAGAUUUACAGUCCAUACACGUCAUUUACGAAUCCUUACAAAUAUGUUAAUAGUACUGUUGUAAAGAAAAAAAGAUCUCCAAGUAAAAAACAAGAUAUAAGCUCAAACUGGUCUACUGAUGUAGUAGAUAGCGAUUGUCAAGGGGUAAAAGGUAUGUUCAAACUGUGGGGAAAGAAGUUUAAUUUUGAGGAUGAUACAUACAAGAAACCAAGCCCGAAAACAUCAGUAUACGCUUCAAGGAAACCUGAAAAGAAAAUUGAAAAAGGAUCGCCAACGAAAGUUGGAGAGGAGAAAAAAAGAGCAAAGAAAUUUUUCUUCUUUAGAAAACGUAGUAAAGAUAAAGCGAAACAAGUCUUUAAAACUAAAAAAGGCGUAACAGCUGGCCGCUGUGAGGUUGAAGACGGGUUAACAAUUAAAAUUGGCGCGAAAGAAUAUCCAACAGAAAUAAUACAAGAUUCCAAUAUAGAUAGCAAUUUGGAAGAGGAUUACGAUAAUAUUUUGAAAAAAUCGUGGCUUCGUACUUUCCUGUCAAGUAAAGUUGAUUCAAGGAGAAGCGUACAAAUAAGAUGGAACAACAAUAUGUAUGCUACCAGUAGUAGUACAAUAUUCGAACUUUUGGACUGUGUUUAUAAAAAUACUGGACUCGUUAUUCGAUCCAAAAGUGACGUAACAACAGGAGAAUCAUCUAACUAUUAUUCCCGUCAUAAACAUGGACCAAAAUUUAUGCAAAGAAACAUUGAAGCAUGGAUGAUUCCUACAACUAUCUAUCCUCAAUAUCAAACAAUAGAUCUAAUAAAGACUGGCGUAAGGAAGGAUAAAACACGAAACAUCCAAGUAACUUAUUCCGACAGAAAAUGGUGCAUUGACAGAUCUCAGCGCGGAAACAAACUAGAAUUAGUUCUACAUUCCAAGAACUUUAUAAAAACAGGAAAACACAAAAGUUCAGAGUACAUUUUAAUUGAUAUACCAAAAGGUUACUUUACCGAAUCUCUGACGUUGAACGAUGUUCGAUCAAGCGACGAGGAAGUUUAUAAAAUCACAGAUUACGAAUCACCAAAUUCGAACACGAAUUAUUGUCAGCGAAAUACAGAUAAUUUUGAUAUGGGUGACCAUGUUCAUAACGGUGCCCAGGUUGAACUUAGCGUCAAAGAUAUUAAUGUUAAAUCUCCAAUAAUUGAAUCUUUGAAAAAGACUCCACCCUUAUGUAGAGAUGUUACUAUACAGGGAAGCCAAGUAUACAUUCCUAAGCUUUGCGAUGUUAUUGGUGUUGGUAUUAUAACGCAAAGAGAUAUUCGAGACAUUAAGAAACCAAUAUUGAAAACGCGAGAUGAUAUGACGGAUUCAGAAUCAGUGCCUAAGCUUUUACCUCAAAAGAAAUGCGAGCUUGCUGAAAGUUAUCUCCAAGACUAUUAUCGUCAUUGGAUUCCUUUAGGUAUUGAUCUUUUUUCGUGGUGCAUAAGUGACACAAACUUGAGAUGCUCUUCCGAAUAUGCUUCACGAACCACUUUGAACAAUCAAGGAGACGUAUCCAAAUCCUGCCCAAAUAUUUUUGAAGAUUUUCAAACAUCAAAUAUUGUAUCAUCAUGCAAUACAUCGUCUUGUAGCCAUUGUUAUCCUUUCGAUGAAGGAAAGAAACAUGAUAAAUCGAAAAAAGAAAAGUCCGGUUUGCUUGAUAAGCUUUUUAAUAAGUCCUUAACGACAGAAGCUAUACGAGUAUCGCCUAAAGAUUCUUUAGAAGUUUUUAGGAAACGAAGGAUGUACGCGUGUGGCAAUAGAUCUAACUGGAAUACUCAGCCUUAUUCUGUACCAAGUUGCGAGGAUAGUUGUGCACAACCUUAUAUGAGCGAUAGCUUUAAAUAUUUGGCAAAAACUAAAAAGUCAUCAAAGAAACAUGUGUCGAUUCCCGACUGCGAAACAAUGGAUUGUAAGCAGCAGUCCUGCGUAAAGGUGACCAUGUCUGGAUGUGAGACGUGCAAGAAAUCGUCAGUGUGUCAACCGCCACAAUGCAGGACUCUAUCGGUUGUUCUAUCUCCCCCUCCUUGUCAGACACCUCCAGAAAUACCUCCAGAAAAGCCUCCAAAAGCCUCUUCUCAUAAUAUUCAAUCACGUAAAGAUUCCCCGCGCACAUCACCAACUUGUUUACAUUCAUCAUGUAAAUCACCGCACUGUGUUCAUUCUCCUCCAUGUGACAGGUGUGCACGCACUUCGUCCAAAUCAUGCAAACCUUUGCCACACAAGCUCACGCCUUGUACAUCACCGCCAUGCGUGCCAUCUUCCAAAAAAACUUCGUCAACUAAUACACCACAACCACCAUGUAAAAAUAAUAGAUGUUGCUCUCCGCAUUGUGUUUCACCAAUACAAGCAGUAAAAUCUCCUUCACAUACGCUACCCUGUAAAACUCCGUCUAGUUCACAAUCGACAUGUCAAUCACCAUGUGCAUCACCAACACGUAGAUCUACCCCACGCCAAACACCACCUCGCAAAUCUCCUUCUUGUCAAUCUUUAUUAAACGCACCUCCAUGUAGGCGUCAUUGCUGUCAUUGUUCCCACCCAACAUCGCCGUCAAAUACACCUACAUGUAAAUCUCGUCCUAUAUCCUCACCAAAACGUACCACUAAAAAUUCUGCUGAAAGCCUUCAACGUCUUUUACCUGGCACAUGUAGUCCUUGUACGAAAUCUAGAGCACAAAGUCCAUGUAAAUGUUGCAGUCAAAAUAGUAGGUGCUGUAGUGUAAGUUCUAUUCAAAAAUCUGGUAUAAAAUUACAAAUGGCACCGCUACCAAACCCCCCCGCAAAGUGUAAUAAGAACUGUCCAUCCAAUCCGAUACCAAAGAAAAAAGAAAAGGAAUGCUCACCAAAUUGUGCAAAUAGACGAAAGCUAAAAACGAUGCAAACACCUCGUGCACCACCACCAACUUUAAAAGGUCCACAAAGUCCUUCGGAGUCUAUCGCAGAUAAGUUUUUAAAGCAUUAUGCAUCCAAGAAAAGAGUAUGUUCUGACCAAUGUUCAUCUGGUAGUACAAACUUAAUUCCUAACACAAUAAGAUUGAGUUCAAAUGAAAAUAUCACAAUUAACUUAAAAAAGCCGACACCCAGUACAGAGGAAAUAAGAGAGAGCUUAAAUAUUAAAGUGCAAGAUGAAGACGGGCGCACGUUGUACGAAAGGGUAGAUUAUCACAAGGAUCCAAAUAAGAACGAAGCGGGCACUUGCCCAGAUAACACAAUAAUUAAAAAACUGUAUAGGGAUUCCCACAUUCACAGAGUAUCAACAACAACAUGUGUCAACGAGCCCGUUAAUAAUAAAAAUUCAGAAAAUACACGGAGUUGCUCUAGUUUGGGUAACCUUAUUGAAAUAAACUUUACGUUAAAAUUCAAACAUGGCGACAAAACAGAUGAAAUUGAUAUUAACAAUUCCGGCCACACGCCUAAAGAAGAACAAGCUACUGAUGCUCGAAUGGAUACGCUUACAGACGUUUAUCGAGUUGAUGAUAAGCAAAAGAAAUCUAUUGAUAAUACAAACACUGAAAAGAACGAUGUGAACAUAUCAAUAUUUAUAAAGAAUUGUAAACAGAACGAAGCAAAGAAACCAAAGAAGCAGGUUCACGUAUCCAGUUCAACAAAACAAACAGAUGAAUUUUCGAAGAAGAUAUCACAAAAGUUUCAUACAGUCGCAACCGGCUAUAGUGAAUUUAAUCUGGACAAUCAAGCUUUCUCCCUCCAUACUAUAAACACCGAUUUAAAUAGUUCGGUAAAAAUAACAAAAAGUAAUAAUGAAAGCACACCUUUGUUAAAAGCUGAAGAGUGUCUCUUAACUGCUUCUCAAAGUAGCGCAGAGCACACUUUUACAGAAAACACGUAUAGUUCAAUAAAGAAUGAUAUAGACUAUGAAAAUAAAACGGAUGUCAGUGAGAAAUACAGCAAAGACGAUAGCUUUAAAAACGUAUUGGAAUCUAAUACGGAUAAAUCAGAAACUGGUGUCUCGUUAACAGAUGAUGACAAAUAUGUACAAAAUAUUCCCAAUAAAGAACAACUUUUUAGAGACAUGAAGAAAUUACGAAGCAGGAAAGAGAAGAAGGAGAUGCUAAAAAAGGUAUUUGAAAACGCUGCAUCGGUUGAGAAAACUAAAGAAGCUGUGAAAACCGUACGCGAAAUGUUACAUGCUAUUCUGACAUCAGACAGUAGUGGACAGGAAGACCAUUCUGAUACGGGCAAUGAUUUAAUAAAAGAACUUACACGUGCGUCUUUGAAUAAAAACUAUUAUAGAGAUACAGACAGUAUGAAUAAUUACUACAAUGUGGACAGUGUUAUUUCAGAAGAGAAAGUUCACACUGAUAAUGAUGAAGAACCUAUUUACCCUACAAUGCUAAAUAGUAAUGUAUGUAGUGACGUCGAUGAAAAAGUUGAAAAUCCCCGUAUAUGUAUGUGUAACGCUAUGGCUGCGAAACUUAAUUUGAAAUCACUAGAACCAAACGCAUGCUGCUGCCGAAAACGAGAUCAAAAGGACGAAGAAAUACAUUGUGAACUUAUAAAAGACAGCGUAGGAAAUAUUAAAAAGAAUUGCGUUGGCAUGCAAACUCAUGAUUGUAGAAAAAACAUCAAACAAACAGUUAUAGCUACGAACGUUUCUACUAUAGUACAAAUUAAUUCUAAAGAAAGGGAAGCUCCCAUAGCAAAAAUAGCGCCAAGAUCGAUUCAAACUUGCAUGAUGCAAGAGGUAAGUAAACGAACUUCAGUCCAUAUUGAUCAAGAUGACAAAGUUGUUGUUUUAAAUAAAACGUCUAAUAAAAUUGUAAAGAAUAGCAAGAAAUAUGAAGCAAAUGCACUAGCAAAUGUUUUACAGUCGAAUGAAACGAAAAAAGCAGUAUUGGAGAUAUACGCUGAGAAAAUACUGACUAGUGAAGGGACACAUAUUGUUGCAAGACUACCGAAGUACGUUAUUAGUAGAGAGAGUAAAAUUUAUGAAGUUAUCGAAGUCAGUCGGGAUAAAGUUUGUAAGAAAAACACUUUAACUAUGAAAAUUGCAUAG